AUGUGUGAUGACGUCUCUACCCUUGACACCGCGCUCACCAAGGCGUGCGAAUCGAUCGGAUGUCCUUGGUAUGUCGACAUGAUUGUCGAAUGCGCCUCCUCGGAAAAACUCCCGCUCGCCCGAGACCUCCUCCUCGAUAGCGUCGACGAUGAUUGGACGACGCGCGCUAAGAAGCUGCUCGUGGACGAGUGCGGUGUGUCACCGCGAGAUGCCGAGGCUUUAGUAGAUGAGGUGCUUUCGCGAGCAUCGGACGAGAGACGCGCCAGAUACGGCUCUGGCGACGGGUCCACGAAGGGCGAGAAAGAGAAGACCAUCCACGGGGACGCGCGCGAUUAUAUUCGUGGCGCGCGCGGUAUUUAUGAUGAGAAAUUUCUCGAGCUGGUGGAACCGCUCUAUGAUUUGCACAUGGGCGUUGAGAACAUGGGACCGCUUCUGUACGCCCUUUGUCGAUUCGUCAAGCCUCGGCGAAUACUCGAAGUCGGCGCUGGUUACACGAGCAUGUUCCUCCUACAGGCGCUCGUAGACAACGAAGAUGAGAUAGAACGCUACCACACGAUGAUCGAGCGCGAUGCCGCGCGUCUGGGUGACGUGCCGUGGGCGGUGAAUGACUACGACUACAGCGCGAGAGACGCAAGACUGCACAUCGUUGAUAACUGUGCUCACGAGCACACGACGGCGCACAAAGUCACUGAUAUUGCCGAGACGCUCGGAUACCGACAUUUCCUCCACGUUCACAUCACGGACGCGUUCGACAAAGAGCUACCAAGCACUCUGGCGGUAUCAGAGACGCAGUACUUUGACUUAUUGUGGAUCGAUCUCGGAGCUGCGAACAGGAUUGAAGGCUUCUUCGAAGACUGGUGGCACCGCGUCGACGCAGAAGGUGGGCUCGUCAUCGUCCACAGUACGCUGACAAACUCGCUUUCUCGAGUCUGGCUCGAGCGAAUGCGGCGCCUGGCAAGCAACGGCGGGCGUGAUGAUGACGGUUCAACGCCGUUUGGUCCUUUCGUGACAAUAUCAUUCCUUGAGCCGUGCAAGGUGUUCCAAAAUUCGUGUUCCAUCUUUCAGAAGCGGGGCGGUGCGCACGGUGGUGAGUGGACCGAGCGUGUGCUCACGAAAUACCCUUGA